AUGCUGAAAACAUUGCAAGAAGCAGAGUCAGAAGAGAAUGUAAUUUACCCUGCAAUGUUUGCUCCUCUUGAAAAAUUAAAACAUAUGGCAAUGUUUUUGCCUUUAUUUUACCUACAAGCUAAAGUUCCUGUUAAUAAUUCAUUAAAUUAUGAUGAAUGUGUAUUUAUUAAAAGAAAAUUGAGUUUACAUCCACAUACUUCAUUGCCAAGAACACCAUUUUAUCAGUUUUAUUAUAAUAUUACUAAUAACAUAAUUAUUAAAACUAAACUCGAAGAAUUUGUUAUUGAGCCUUACUUUGCUUAUAUACUUGAGAAGGGAAAUAAAGAGAUAAGAGAAUAUUUAGAUGUCAACAUUGUUGAUUUGAAGGAUCCUAUAAAUGGCAAAUCUGUUCCACCUCAAGAACAUACUGUGCUUCGCAAUAUGGUAAUUUGCUUAAAUAAAUACUAG